AUGUACUUCUUUCUCGACGGUCUGGAUGAAGAGACAACGACAAAGAGUUCGUGGGAUGAUGCUGUAUUAGUGCUUCGUUUUCUCGCCAAGCUCGUGGACGACUCUCCUACCAGAGUUCGUGUCUGGUGUAGUAGCCAGCGCCGGGACCGCAUCAGCAAGGAACUCCAGGGGUGCUGUAGCCUCGAUAUUGAUGGCUACACGAGAAGCGAUCUUGCUUUGUACUUAUCAGAAGAGGUUUCCAAGCUUCAGUGGUCAAAUCCAUCCGACCAAGCUCAUAUCUUGGAGACGCUGAAAAGUCGUGCCGAGUGUAGUUUUAUUUGGGCAAAGCUCAUGAUAGACGCCCUCGGAGAGUGUUGGUCGACCGCCAGGAUGGAAGAACAUCUAAAAGAGCUUCCAGAGACUCUGGCAGAGUAUUAUUGCAGAUUUUUCGAGCGUAUGGAGAAGCUCUACCGCCCGCUAGCCUGCAAAGUUUUUGCACUUGUUAUUUUUGCCCGACGUCCUUUGCGAUUGGAAGAACUUACCGAAGCUGUAUGGUGCUUAGAGAGUGGGCCCCACAAAGAACUCCAGCAAAAGGCCAAGCCGAAUAUCAACAGCAUCCGUACCAUAGUCCAACCCUUCAUCGAAUUCAUCAACACCAAUAGGACAGAUGAUUCUAGCACUGAGGAGCAGUAUACCUGUCGUAUCUUACAUUCUACCCUGCGCGAUUUCCUUGUGGGCCAUCCGAAUAUCCUGUGCGACAAUUCCUCAGAUCUUCAUAUUAGUGCCGAGUGGCCGGCUCGCGCUUGUUUGCGUUACCUGGGCCAAUCUCGAUAUUCCGGCCUACUAGUCAGACGGGAGGGAAGGUGGCUCGACGUGACGGAAGACCCGGUGGAUCGUCACCCUUUGCUUGUGUACGCAGCCAAGUACUGGGACAAGCACCUUGACGAUGUCACUAUCACGGAAAUUGGUAGUGUUGAGUCCUUCAUCACUUCUCCUAACUUUAGGACCUGCAUGCAGGUCCAGAGCCUAUGGGUAGAGGCGCAAUUUUCGUUCUUCUCCCGUCCCGACGAGGGCAAUGGCUUCAACACAUACGUUCGGCGGGUGUUCCCGUCGUGGUUUGCGCGAGCUCGAACUGGUCCUGGUCAAAGACUUUGGACAGACUACCGCCAAUUGUUGCACGAGUGGAUAUAUUUCCUCAGCUGUAAGCAGUGUGGCGGGGAAAAGACAUGCGAAAUAUUGCCGUACGUCGGACAAUUGGAUCGCAUAUGGUUCGGAGCUCUCGGUCCGAACAAUUUCCUGUCUCGAUUGAAAGGCAGAUGCACAAGUUUUGCUUUCCAAACGGAUGUUAAUUCUGAUGGAGCUCAGUAUGUUUUCGAUGCGGUCAAUGAGGCAGGAGACAAAGUCAUGACAUUACGGAUACAGGUAUCAAAGCCAGAAGCUCGUGUCAACAGAACAUCGGUCCUCAAAUGCUCUUGUGAGAGCUGGAUUCUAUCUAACGAGCAUCCUCCAAAGCUCCAGAAGAAGCAGACUAUACAACUUACUACCAGUAGUUGCAACUGGGACUUGUAUGCGAAGUCCGUAACCAACCCUGCCUUACAGACAGGCAAGGCUGCGCCAGCUGCUUUUGGGCCAGAUUGUCAAACCCUUCGGAUUGGCACCCAGCUGUACAGGCGAGCCGAUAAUGGCACAUUUGUCGCCAUUCCUGGGCAAUACUUUCUGUGCGAUCUGCGCUCCAUCUACAUCGAGGAAUUUGCAUGUCACCGUCAGUUCCUCGUUCUCACUUCUCGGGCGAAGAUUUCCAAAGGAGAUCUCAAAGUGACUCGGAACAGAGCAGACGAGGCGGGUGAUGAAGACGACGACCUAGAUACAGGUGCCGAUGAAGAUCCACGGGUAGAAGGGGAUGAACUUGAUGAGGAUUCAGAAGGUGAAGACAGUUCCAUAGUGAUCGCAACAGAUUCGGAAGGGGAUGAACUUGGCGAGGACCCAGAAGAUGAAGACAGUUCCAUAUUGAUCGCAUCAGAUUCAGAAGGGGAUGAACUUGACGAGGACCCAGAAGAUGAAGACAGUUCCAUAGAGACCGCAUCGGAUUCAGAAGACGAGUCCGAAGGCGGUACUGAGUCGGAAGAUUCGGGCAACGAAAGCACAAGUGAAGGCAGCACUGAUUCCUCCGCUAAUUUUGAAUUAGAAGACGAUAUACUCCCUCCAUGGGCCAAUCACUUUGGCAGUGAGGACACCGACACCGACAACGAGAGCUGUCCUUCCUUUGAUAUCAGCGGCUUCGGUGUUGACAUUGAUACCGAGGACUGCGAUGACAUUUCUGAUCACGAAGAGGAUUUAGAAAGUAGUUCUGAUGAAGACGAUGCUAUCCCAUCUGAAGUGUUCGACAAUAAUCUCUUUUGCGAUGAGGAACAACAUGACUGGGAGGGACUCUCGAGGAAACACGCAGAGAAGCGAAAGGCUCGAGAAACCAUUACUGUGUUUGACACUCAAUCGUGCACUCGUCUCUUCUACCUGAGGCGGCCAAUCAAGUGUAGAUUGUUUGCUUCGCCGCCUGUCUUCCACCCCACGAAGUCCCUGGUCGUCUGGCCACUUGCCGAUGGUGAUGUCUUGUUUGUGGAUUACUUGGCAAAAACGUACUUCACCCGGCGGCUGCAGCCAUCAACCCCCCACACGGGUCAUGUCUUCAUGAAAAUCCAUUUUUCUGAAUGUGGUGAAUUUUUGCAUAUUGCCACCCUUGAAGCACAGGGGAAGGCUCCAAAAUUGAAGAAGGAUUCAGAACCCCUGCCUCCUAUCAAUCUAGCUGUCCUCGUGUGCACGUACCAUCUCUCUCGGAGAAAGACUUCCAGGUCACCCCCUCAGCAGAUCCAUCGCAUGAAGCUAGCGUUGGGCCAAACCACACGGCUGCACGUAUCAAAAAUGCCAUUCACGUUGACUUGGACUUCAAAGGAUCUCUACUUCAGUUGCAGCGAAAAGUCGCUGCGAGUUUACCGCAUUCCGUUGUUCAGUACAACAGAAGAGAAGGCUGAGGAAGAUCUACAGCCUGUGUGGACGCCUCGGAAGCCAUUCUUUCUUCCGCACAGUGCAAUUAACCGAGCGGUAUACUAUUUCCCUCCUGCGGAGAAUAAGAGCGGCAAGCAGCAAUUACCCGCACGCAUCCUCAUCGGGAGCGACUUUACAGCAUUGAAGGAUAUUGAACCGAACGAAGCUGAAGAGGAAUACGGUGUAUUGUUGGUGAAACGCGUCAUCGAGCACUCUGUUCGCAGAAGAGGAGAAUUCCAUCCACCCAUUGGGUGCUAUGUCGAUGAAGACACCAACCUUGGCGGAUGGGUUGAUUCUCAUGCCCGCGCAAAUAUUUUACAAGAUCACGGCGUUGGCCGUUUAGACCCUCGCAUGCCAGUGGAACAUUUCAAUCCCGAUGAUGAUUGUGAUUUGGAACCGUUCAUCUAUUAA